AUGAUGUUGAAAUAUUUCUACAGCAAAGGAACUUACAACUGGGUUGACGUUCUAGACGAGCUUACGAAUAACUACAACCAUACCAAACACAGCAGUACACUAAUGAGACCCGCCGAUGUAAACAAGUCAAACAAAGACCAGGUAUGGAUUACGCUAUACCGAUACGGAUUAGGAGAAUUUCCAUUACCUAAGUUCAGAGUUGAUGAUACUGUCAGAAUAACGAAGUACAAAAAUAUCUUCACCAAGGGCUAUGAAGCAAACUUUACGGAAGAGAUAUUCAAGGAUGUGAGCGUAUUUAGGGGAGAUCCUAACAUGUACGAAAUAGAAAGUCACGACGGAGAACCGAUUAUUGGAAAGUUCUACGAAGAGAAACUCUCCGCUGUGAACAAAAAGGACGAUGUGUACAGAGUAGAGAAAAUCCUGAGAAGAAAAAAGGUAUGGCAUUGGUUAAGUGGUUAGGAUACGACAGCAAGCACAAUUCCUGGAUUCCAAAAAAAAAUAGUCAGGAUAUAAAAUAAAUGGCCGACAUUGAACUAGACGAAACAAACCGCGUUAACGAUCGCGAAGCUGAAGAAGCGGAAGCAAUGGAGGAAGGAGAAACAAGUUUCAUUGAUGACGACGGAAGACGGGACGAAAGCAUAUUAAUUCCCGUCGGAUUCAAUCCGGACGUUGAUGGAUCAAGACCUAUAGCGGUUCCACACCGAACAUCAGACGAGAUGUUGGAAUAA